AUGAGUAUCCACGACAGCGGAAGUCACCGCAGUCUCGAAAAACCUAACACAUCCUGCAAAUCCACGAGGCCUAGCCAAACCCACACCUCAUCGCCCAGCGUGCCCACUGCCAGCAGGUCCACUACCACCACCACCACCACCACCACCACCACUACCACCACCAUCACCAUCACCACCACCACCACCGAAACCGACAUUGACGUCACCGACUUAUCCUGCCGCCACUGUCCACGUUCAUUCACCUCACGCAUUGUCCUGGUCGGUCACUUGAAAAUCCAUCUCACAGAGACUGGCGAACCAGUUCCUGGAGCACCAACCUACACCCGGCUCAUCCGCCACCACUGUCCACACUGUCCUCACACCUUCGUGCAUCGCAUGGGCCUAUUCGGUUACAUGCGCAUUCACAAAAGCCUGCAAUAG